GCGGCGCCGCGAUGAAGCUGACGCGGCAGAAGCACGCCAAGAAGAACAUGGGCUUCUACAAGCACAACUUCCACUUCCGCGAGCCCUUCCAGGUGCUGCUGGACGGCACCUUCUGCCAGGCCGCGCUCCGCAACAAGAUCCAGAUCCGGGAGCAGCUGCCUGGGUACCUCGACGGCGCCACACAGCUCUGCACCUCCCGAUGUGUUCUGAAAGAACUGGAAUCACUGGGGAAAGCACUGUAUGGAGCAAAAUUAAUUGCCCAAAGAUUUCAAAUUCGAAACUGUUCUCACCACAAGGAUCCUGUGAGUGGUUCGGCCUGUUUACUUUCCAUGAUUGAGGAGGGCAACCCUCAUCACUUCUUUAUUGCUACACAGGACCAGGAUUUAGCAAACAAAGUGAAAAAGAAGGCUGGCGUUCCUCUCCUCUUUAUUAUUCAGAACACUAUGGUGCUAGACAAACCUUCUCCUAAAUCUUUGGCAUUUGUUCAAAAGUUGCAGAUGAAUCAGCUUGUUCCAGAGCACCAAAAACAAAGUAUUGUGCAGCUUAAAGAAAAAGAAGGACUAGCAAAGCGAGAAGGUGAAAAGAGAAGAAAACGUAAAAGGGCAGGCGGCCCCAAUCCUCUCAGCUGUCUGAAGAAGAAAAAGAAGAAAACACAGGAGGGUCAGGAGCCUUCUGCUGAAAAGAAGAAAAGAAGAAAAAGAAAGCGAAAUAGAGUUAAAGCAGAAGCCCUGCAGUCAGUGCAGAAGAAUGAAGAAGAAUAAAAUCAUCUUUGUAAACAAUGCAGGACUUGAGCAUUGUUUGAACUUUGCAAAAAGAAAGAUUGAUAUGCAAUCAUGUGAAAUCAAGUUGUCAAUAUUAAAACUUAUUUUUAUGAGGUGGUACUGCUUAUUACUGCGUCUCAACAUUUGCAGGUUAUUGUCCUAAUAAUUUAUUCUGUUGUUUAGUAAUUGGGUUUGUGACAAAAUAUU